UACUUAGCAGCAUGGCAUUUCAUCCUGACUUGGUUCAACUGCUUUUCAAGGUAUUAAAAGGCCCAGUAAAAAUAAAAGUGUGUCUUGAGCUUCCGAAAUGUGAAAUGUAAGGACACCUUAGCUCAGAAAUUGUUUGGGAUAUCGUUGCGCUAUGUUGAAACUAUUUUGAGGGAUUUCCUUUCAAUUUUUGUUGGAGGGUAGGCAUUUUUUUCCUAGCUAACUAUUCCCAUUGAUGCUAUAAGAAAUUAAUGGUCAAUUCAUUAUGAGCCAGCUUGGUGAGAAGUAAGUAGUUUAAUGAUAUGUUUUUUCAGAGAGUUAAUUCCAAACUUUAUAAUGAUCUUUCAGUGUUAGGUUGGGUGAUGCCAUUUCUAAAAUGAAACGACCAAUUUUUUAAUAUUUGUAGUUUCUAUAGAAUUGUGAUAGGCCUAAUUGUUUGUGAUAUCAGUAAUUGCAGGCCUAAUUACUUGUCUCCUUUGCUGUAAAAACUGGGCGGUGUUUUAGUGUAAAACCAGAUCCUAGCUAUGAGGACAUGUGUCUGAAGUAGCCACUAUGCACAAAUGGUGAUGAUUUGAGGCAGUGAUAGCCAUAAGAUGAUCUCAUCACAACCUCGGUACCGUGGCACUACUUCUAUCGUAAACCAAGUGUUGGCUGUGAUAAUCCAACACAGGCCAUUUGAUGCCCAAUUAGCUGCCUCAGCUAUCACUGCUCUCAACAACCAUCCAUGGAAUGUUGAAACUAUUUCUGAGGUGUUGAGAUCCAUACCUAGAUUCUUAUUCCAAUCCACUAGGUCCGUUGGUCGUCAAAAAGGUUUCAGACACCGUGCUCCUCUCAAACAAAGAAGCCUUAGAGAAGAGUAUAAUAAAUUUCGCAAGGGGGUGAUUGUUCUUGGUCCCGCUGCCUAUAGAGACCCUCUGAAAGUCAAAUUAGGUUUAGACAAAGCAAUGGAGUUCUACUAUUGGGUUGAGACCCAUUUUGGGUUUACCCAUAAUGAGAUUACUUGCAGGGAGAUGGCUUGUGUGUUGGCCAGAGGAAAUAAGUUGAAGGACCUCUGGGAGUUCCUCAAAGAAAUGGCUUGGAGAGAGACUGGCGGGCUUGUAACUACAUCUACAGUAACUUGUUUGAUGAAAGUUCUUGGAGAAGAGGGAUUAGUCAAUGAAGCAUUGGCUGCAUUCUAUAGGAUGAAGCAGUUCCAUUGUAAACCAGAUGUUUACGCCUAUAACACAAUUAUUUAUGCUCUUUGUAGGGCAGGAAACUUCAAAAAGGCAAAGUUUUUGUUGGAGCAAAUGGAAUUACCAGGGUUCAGAUGCCCACCGGAUACGUUAACAUACACGAUACUGAUUAGUUCUUACUGUAAGCACAGCAUGCAAACUGGGUGCAGGAAGGCCAUUAGGAGGAGGAUGUGGGAAGCAAACCACUUGUUUCGUAUCAUGCUAUUCAAGGGUUUUGUUCCUGAUGUUGUAACUUACAACUGUUUGAUUGAUGGUUGUUGUAAAACUAAUAGAAUCGAGAGGGCACUAGAAUUGUUUGAUGGUAUGGUUAAAAGGGGGUGUCUCCCAAACCGGGUCACGUAUAAUUCUUUGAUUCGAUAUUACAGUGCUGUUAAUGAGAUUGAUAAGGCUAUUGAGAUGCUGCAGAGAAUGCAAAACAUGAAUCAUGGAAUGCCAACUUCAAGUUCGUACACUCCAAUUAUCCAUGCACUGUGUGAAACUGGAAGAGUGCUGGAGGCCCGUGAUUUAUUGGUUGAGUUGGCUGAUGGAGGCUCAGUUCCUAGAGAAUAUACAUAUAGGUUAGUAUGUGAUGCGCUGAACAUGGCAGGAGAACCUGAUUUGCUGGAUGAGGGACUACGGCGGAAACUCAAGGACGGUAUUGACAGUAGAUGUAGGCAAGUGAUGAAGGUGAAACCAAUUAUGUCCGAAAAGUUAAAAUUUAGCAUGGGCAGAGUUCAAUAAUGGAAAACAUGAUAUCCUUCACCUUCACUCGGAACAUCACAGGGCAAAAGCAUAUGAGGUAAAUGUCUUUUGACUCAGGUUCCGAGUACAUCUGGAAAUUCACUUCCAAAUUCUUAUAAAUGUUUGUUUCAAGUUUCUGUUAAAGGCGGUCUAUAACUGUUGAUUUUUUUUCCUUUUUUCAGCUGGGUCCCCUAUAUGUUGUUGAAUUUGGUCUGCCUGGAGGGUAUGCUUAAUGAGUUAAUACUAAUCCUACUCCAGAUGCACCUGCUUCCUUUGUGUAAUUCAAACUAAGAUCUGAACAGUAAUAUUAGUCUCAUACCUUGUGAAUAUUCUUAAACUUUUGUUCCCUUCCCAAGUGGGCGAUUUUUUUAUGCUAUUAGACGCCCUUUAUGGAUGAAAAUUCUUUCCAGCAAGUAUUAUAUGCAGUUGAGGAGCAUUGUUGAAUAGUAAAAUGGCGGGUAGGCAGAAUUACAUAUAGAAAUAUACGUGCUCACCAAGUAAAUAGUUAUGGGAGUAUUUUCUCCUUAUGCUUGCCUUCACCAAUUUAUGGAAGGAAGUAUUAUGUUCUGCAAUGAGGAAAAAUUUAGCAUGCAACAUUUUGUGCCCGAUCCGACUACCAGAUUUGUUUCUAUUAUCGUUUUUGUUAUUUCGGAAGUAUGGUAAGUUGUCUAAGAUGGUUUCAUCCCACUACCCUUACUCUUCGUUUUACCUUUUUCCAGCUGUUUGUGAUGGAAAGGUAUUGGAGAGGCAGCGUAUCCAAUGUCCCAUGUGGAAUUGUAGAGAAUGGAUCUGGAGUCUGGACUACUGUGUCUUCUUAUGUAAGUACUCUGAGUGCAUACCUUGAUUUGUGUACUUGGUCUGAGAUGAUUGAUAUGAGGGCUCAGUACUGCAACAUAUUGGGGUUAUCUGUUUUCGUUACUUUUCACUUGUCAACUGUUGUCUCGGUAAUCAGUAUACUAUUAGCCUAGGAAGCUAUUAGGUAUUAAAUUUCUUAUAUAUAUAAUGAUGGGGCUUAUUCUCUGUUGGAAACAUAUUCCUCUUUGAUGGGGUCUGUGAUUGCCGGAGCAAACACCAUCUGUUAUGUUAAAUUCAGGUGUUAGAUUCAGUGGCUUCACCUAGGGAUGGUGAGAUAAGUAGUUGAUGCUUUCUUUCGGGUUCCUGCCUCUUUCACCUCCCUGGUUCCUAUGGUUAACUGUAUUUCAAAGAGGUUGUUUGUCGAACUCCUAAAGAGAUGAUGCGAGAGUCCUAGAGUUUAUUUAUCUGGAGGUGUUGUUCUUUGCUAUUGUUUUUCCAGAUUGGAUUCGUUAGCUUAUCCUGUUCUUUAUAGUCUAUUUAUGUUUGGCCAUUGGGUAAAAUGAGAUAUUUCAACAAAUUGUUUUACUAGCUAAAGUAUUUAUAUGUUUCAGCUUAGAGAACUCCAAUACGAAGUUCAAAUUUGUAUUUAAACUAUUAAUUCAUUGUACGUGUUUUAUGAUAUCGUACAUUGUGUUGAAGGGAACUACUUAUUAGUAAAACCCAUAAAUGUGUUACGAGCUUGUUGGAGUAAUUUAUUUCCUUUGGAAAAAGGUUAAAAUCUGCUAUGAAUCAAUUCAGUAUUAUUUUUUUGGUAACUUAAAUUCAUUGAAAGCACAAAACAGAACCCACAGGGCAUAUAGCCCUUAUGAAAACAGCCCAAACGGGGACAGGGCAGGGCUGCAUAUAGCAGACUACAAGCAACAAGAAACAACUAAACAAAACAGGAAGCAAUCCACUAAGAAGCAAAAUGCUGAAAGGAAUCAAUUCAUUACUUAUUUAUGGAAAAUCUAGUUAUCUACUUAGCCUUAUAUGAUACGACGUAAGGUUUCAAAACGUAUGUUGAAAGAAAUAUUUUUUGCUUUUGUACUUGGACAGUGCCCCUUGGCAUCUUCUUUAUCUUGAUUUUGCUCACACUCAUUGAUGGAAUCAUAACAAAUAGGAGUGCAGUUUUACUUAUCAAAAAACAAAAACAAAUAGAAGUGCAGUUUUAGAUCCUAGUAAGAAAUUUCUUCUUGUGGUGUUCCCUUCGCCCAACAAGUAUUUGGAUCAAAACGAUUGAAAUUGCCUAUGAGACUGGUAAAGCAGCUUUUCCAGGUGGUGAAGUUAUGGGACACAUCUUGAUAACAAGUUGGUCAUUACCAAGGAACGGACAUUUGAUUUAAUGCGUGAACAUAUACCAAGUUUUCCUUAAUGUUUUAUUUGAUUGCUGACGUUCCGUAAGUAAAAAAGUUCUGUUUGAUUGCUGACAUUCCGUAAGUAUAUAAAACUCGAAUUCUCCAAAGGAAUCCUACCCCAGCCCAAGCUCUCAUGGAUUCCAGCUGUUCAUUUCAUCGCUCAUGAAAUCUCACCAAUCAGACAUCACAAAUGAUAAUAUGUUCAAUCUGUGGCAGUUUGUGGAUGGAUCACUUGUGGGUUCAGCACCUUCAAUUGGAAGAUAACCCACACACAACCACAUUUACACAAAGAAAGUCAUCAUGUCAUUAUUCAAAUGCUCAUUUUACAGAAAGAGGCAUUGCAAACCUGAAGAUGUGCUAAUUCGCCGCUUCAUCAUUAGAAUUGGAAGUUUUGACAUUGGUAUUGUAAGUUAGAGAUGCCAGACAAAUCAAAUCUUUCCCUUAUGUAUCUCAAAAGUCCUUACCCUAAAAUAAAAGUUCAACUUUGUUCUUUGCCUUCUAUACCAAUCAUUUUUGACGGAAUGCCUUUGUGGGUGAAUCUGAGGAAUUUUUACACAAUUAUUUGGUUAGAGAUGAAGUCGAGAAACCAAUUUUAUAUCACUCCAUUGGGGGGUCAUGGAUGAGUGUGAUCCAUAGCAUCCAUUGCCCUGUUAAGGGAAAGCAAUCACCCGCUAUGAUUUUGGGGGUACCCCGAUCAAGGUAAGUGAUUACUCUAGAGGGAAGUGAGAGAGUAAUCAAGUAGUUUAACGAAUAGCUGCUUUUCUCCUCAGAAGCAUCAUUCUAGAAAAACAUUAACGUGGACCAUAACUACAGAUUCUGUUGUUAGCAAAGUAUUAUCUUCUUGUGUGUCUGAGAAUGGUGGUUUUUCGGCCAUCUCAUGGAAAUGCUUUUCCAAUAUGGUUUUAGAAGAUACAAGAGACCAUGUUCGGGGGCCUCAAAUAAGAUUGACUAAAAAUUUGAUGGAAAACUUUGUAUUUCUAUUUAAAUACGCUGUGGUUGGUUCCUUUAUGUUUGGAAUCCACAGGCGGAUUAUUCAUGUUUUAUUCAUCUCGUUUAUGAAAACGCUUCAACAAAGUCAAUCAUACCAUGAUUUCUACCAGGGCAACUUUCCAGGGCAAAGUUUUCUACCAUGAUUUAGGCUGUGUUCUUGCACGACAGGAACAAUGACCAUAACGCACUUGUUCAUCGGCUUUUCUAGUAUCUAACUGAGGUCCCCAUUUUUUUACUGGUGGAUGCGGGAGUUUCAUAAGUUGGCAAUGAAAUGCAGUUACAGGGUUAUUAGCGGUGCAGAACAUACCAAUUGGCAAGCCUGGCGACUUGUGCUGAUUUUCUCGGUAGAAUUUGCUGCUGGUCGAUUCAUUGAUCUAUUUUUUCCCCUUGUCCUUGUAUUUUUCUGCUACUGCCAAUGGCAUAACUGCUUCUUAAAGCUACAAUGUUAUUCCUAUGACUUAACGAUUUUUACAUUUUCCGACUUUAAUAAAGUACUUGUUCAAUCUA